AUGCAGGUGAAAUCUGGUCCGUGGCCGAGUUCCACGUGGGCUUCAGCUAGGGGGAAAGGCUGGGACAUUCACGGGGAAUUUGGGCUUCCAAACAAGCCCCCAAAGGCCCAGCAAACUUCUUACUUCUCUGACCUGGAUCGGACGGCCAGGGUGUCGCUUCUCCUGAUCCAACGGCGCUACCGGACUCGCACGCCACUUUAUAGGCCACUCCCACCGCCGAACCCUAGUUUCUGUUUGGACUUCCGCCGCGCUUCGCCCUCUCGCUCCAGCCGCUUCACGCCGCCGCCGCCGCCGCUCGCCUCUCCGACUGCCGCGAGGAUGCCGUUCAAGAGGUUCGUGGAGAUCGGGCGCGUGGCCCUGGUGAACUACGGCAAGGACUAUGGCCGUCUCGUCGUCAUCGUCGAUGUGGUUGACCAGAACAGGGCUCUUGUGGACGCCCCUGAUAUGGUCAGGUGCCAGAUCAACUUCAAGCGGCUCUCACUUACUGACAUCAAGAUUGACAUCAAACGUGUCCCCAAGAAGACAACCCUGAUCAAGGCGAUGGAGGAAGCUGAUGUGAAGACCAAGUGGGAGAACAGCUCAUGGGGCAAGAAGCUGAUUGUCCAGAAGAGGAGAGCAGCGCUCAAUGACUUUGACAGGUUCAAGGUCAUGCUGGCAAAGAUCAAGAGGGGUGGUGCUAUCAGGCAAGAGCUCGCCAAGCUGAAGAAGGCAUCCACGGCUUAG